CCUCACCACUCCCUGUGUCCAUUCUUUCAUUUCAUGCAAUCCAAAAGUUCUUCCUUACUACUCACAAGCUAAUUAGAAAUCGAAAAUGGCGGAGAGUGCUGUAGCAUUUCUACUCAACAAUCUGACAAUAUGGCUGCAAGAGAAUCAAAACCUACUCGGAGGGCUUAAGGUCGAAGCCAAAAUCAUUCAGGGCGAGCUCCAGCAGAUGCAGGCGUUCCUCAAGGCUGCUGAUUCCAGAGAAGAUUCCGAUCCUCAGAUCAAAGCGUGGGUCAGACAAGUGCGUGAAAUUGCUCACGACAUCGAGGAUGUUCUCGAGGCCUACAUGCUCUCAUUCCGACAAAAUUCCUCUCCUGGAAUUCGAGGUCGUUUCAAGAAAUACUAUUUUUGCAUUAAAGAUUUGAAAGCCAAACGUCGUAUGGCUUCUGAAAUCAGAAAUCUAAGGUCCAGAACAGAAAGUGCUUCCAAAACAUUUCGACAGCUUUACGCUGUUCUUCCGACCUCAAACCCCGACACCGUUUCGAUUUCCACGUACUAUGACGGCCGAGACGAUGCUUUGCUGUUGGAAGAAACUGAUGUUGUCGGCAUUGAAAAGCCGAAGAAAAAGCUCCUCGAGUGGAUUUCGAUCGGUGAUUCAACACUCACUGUUCUUUCCGUGACGGGCAUGGCCGGGUUGGGUAAAACCACUCUUGUCAAGAAGGUGUUCGACGAUUCGUCUGUGGAGCAGAACAUCGACCAUCAUGUCUGGAUCGCCAUUUCCCAGGUAUUCAACCAAUCCAACAUUCUGCGGGACUUGAUCAAGCAGCUUCUAGAAGAAGUGAAACAGCCACUGCCCCGAGGAUUCGAGGAUAUGAACGUUGCUGCCAUGAAAGAGUUCAUAUACAGCUUCCUCCAACACAAGAGGUACAUUGUCGUUCUCGACGAUGUCUGGAGCACAAACGUAUGGGAAUCUCUUCGAUAUGUGUUUCCUCGGCGCAACACAUGCGGCCGAGGCUGUGUAAUUAUUACAAGUCGCUUGAACAGCAUAGGCGACGCGGCGUCCUGCGAGAGCGGAGGCCAUGUCUAUCCGCUGCAGCCAUUGCCGCCGCAAAGAGCAGAGGAGUUGUUUCGGAUGAAGGCAUUUCGCGGUGGCCCGUGUCCUUAUCAUCUGAAGGAAGUUUCCGGAAACAUCUUGAAGAAGUGCGGAGGAUUGCCUCUCGCCAUUGUUGUCAUUGGCAGUGCUCUGGCAAUGAAGAGAAAUCAAAUUGAAGAAUGGAGAAGAUUCAGCUUCAAUCUCGAAUCAAAAGUCGAUGACUGCGAUCUUAUGAGGAUUUGGAAGUUGUUAGCUCUGAGUUACUAUGAUCUGCCAUACUAUCUGAAAGCUUGCCUCCUUUAUUUGAGCAUUUUUCCAGAAGAUGCAUUGCUCGAGAAAGCUACUCUGAUUCGACUAUGGAUAGUUGAAGGAUUUGUGGAGGCGGAAAAAGGGAAGACCAUGGAAGAAACAGCAGAAAGCUAUCUAAAUGAACUUUCCAACAGAAGUUUGAUUCAAGUAGCAACAACUAAAGAUGGGAGGCCAAGAAACUUUCGUAUUCACGACGUCGUCAGAGAAUACAUUAUUUCGAAGGCAAGGGAGCAAAAUAUAGUAGCAGCUAUAUUGAAGCCAACAGAAAUUACAUUGGAAGAUCAAGUUCGACGCCUCGCACUCGAAGAUAGCUCUGCUCCUUAUAGUGAUAAAAUCAACAACUUGAGAUAUCUUCGCACUCUUCUUUUCUUCGGCUCCAUGGAAUUGGAAUGGGGGCCAAUUAUAUGCAGGCUUUUGCGCGGCGAAUGUAGGAUGCUGAAGGUAUUGGACCUUAGAGGAGCGCCGUUAGAAGAAAUACCAUGUGAGGUUUUCAAGCUAUAUCAUCUCAAAUACUUGAGCCUCAAGAACACAAAUGUGUCGAUCAUUCCAAAAUUAAUUGGAAAUUUGGCGAAGCUAGAGAUAUUAGAUCUCAAGGGAUCUAAUGUGACCGAGCUGCCAAUCGAAAUUCUAAAGCUUCGGAGGCUAAGAUAUCUCUUGGUAUAUAGGUAUAAAGACUUUCUUGAUUACCUUCCAUUCGACCAUGUUCAAAGCUUCAAGGCUCCAUAUGGGAUAGGACAAUUAUCGCGUUUGCAAAAGCUUUGUUACAUAGAUGCAAGUGCAGAAGUUGUAAGAGGUAUCGGGAGGUUAACAGAAUUGCAGAGAUUAGGGAUUACCAGGCUGAGAAAGGAGGAUGGAAAGGAGCUUUCUUCGUCCCUCUCAAAGCUUACUUUCUUAACGUCACUUUCCAUUGCAGCUGGUGAGGAAGGGGAGGUAAUUGAUCUACCAUACUUCAUGCCUUCUACGUGUUUGCGAUUUCUACGACUGGAAGGAUGUUUGGAAAAGUUGCCGGAAUGGAUUUCUUCUCUUGAUGCUCUAACAAGUUUGCAUUUGAGAUCAAGUAAGUUAAGAGAUGAUCCAAUUGAAUGUCUCCAAAGUUUGGCCAAUCUGAAAGACCUUGUAUUGUAUGGCGCUUACGAAGGAGAAGGCUUGCAUUUCAAGUCGGGAGGUUUUAAAAAGCUCGAGGAGCUGCAACUGAUUAGGAUGAGGAGAUUGAAGUGGGUGAGAGUCGAGAAGGGAUGCAUGACUAAUCUUCGCGAAUUCGAAAUAUGGGAUUGUAAGGAAAUGAAAGACGUGCCUAUUGGGAUUGAGCAUUUAGGCAAUCUUGAUUUUGUGGAUUUCAGUGAUAUGUCGAAUGAAUUCGAAGAUAGAGUUUGUGAGGAGAAAGGAAGAGGAAGAGUCGAUGUUCAUGCUCAUGAUCACGACCGUGAAAGGAAAGGGAAAGGAAAGCUUAUCCAUAUCCCCAAUGUUAGAAUCAGCAAUUGGGUUGAUGGGCAAUGGGAAGCAGUUUGGUUGUAG